AUGGCGUCCCCAGCGCUGGCCGCGGCGCUGGCGGUGGCAGCGGCUGAGGGCCCCAACGGGAGCGACGCGGGCGAUUGGGGUAGCGGCGGGGGUGCCAACGCCUCGGGGACUGAUUGGGGGCCGCCGCCGGGCCAGUACUCCGCAGGUGCCGUGGCGGGGCUGGCAGCCGUGGUGGGUUUCCUCAUCGUUUUCACCGUGGUGGGCAACGUGCUCGUGGUGAUCGCUGUGCUGACCAGCCGAGCGCUGCGCGCCCCGCAAAACCUCUUCCUGGUGUCUCUGGCCUCAGCUGACAUCCUGGUGGCCACACUGGUCAUGCCCUUUUCGCUAGCCAAUGAGCUCAUGGCCUACUGGUACUUCGGGCAAGUGUGGUGUGGUGUGUACCUGGCACUGGACGUGCUCUUCUGCACCUCGUCCAUCGUUCACUUGUGUGCUAUAAGCCUGGACCGCUACUGGUCGGUGACGCAGGCGGUAGAAUACAACCUGAAGCGCACACCACGCCGUGUCAAGGCCACUAUCGUGGCUGUGUGGCUCAUCUCGGCUGUCAUCUCCUUCCCGCCUCUCGUCUCCUUCUACCGACGGCCCGACGGCGCCGCCUACCCGCAGUGCGGCCUCAACGAUGAGACCUGGUACAUCUUGUCCUCCUGCAUAGGCUCCUUCUUCGCGCCCUGCCUCAUCAUGGGCCUGGUCUAUGCACGCAUCUACCGCGUGGCCAAGCUGCGCACGCGUACGCUCAGCGAGAAACGUACCCCCUCUGGCCCCGACGGUGCGUCCCCGACCACAGAGAAUGGGCUGGGCAAGGCAGCGGGGGAGAACGGGCAUUGCGCGCCCCCGCGCACCGAUGUGGAGCCAGAUGAGAGCAGCGCGGCAGAGAGGCGGAGGCGCCGGGGCGCGCUGCGCAGAGGAGGAAGGCGGAGAGAGGGAGCCGACGGGGACAUGGGCAGUGCAGACGGACAGGGACCGGGGCUGGCGGCCGAGCAGGGCGCUCGGGCAGCGUCUCGGUCCCCAGGACCUGGCGGGCGCCUGUCACGAGCAAGCUCGCGCUCCGUCGAGUUCUUUCUGUCGCGCCGGCGCCGGGCGCGCAGCAGCGUGUGCCGCCGCAAGGUGGCCCAGGCGCGCGAGAAGCGCUUCACCUUCGUGUUGGCAGUGGUCAUGGGCGUGUUCGUACUGUGCUGGUUUCCCUUCUUCUUUAGCUACAGCCUGUAUGGUAUCUGCCGCGAGGCCUGCCAGUUGCCUGAACCGCUCUUUAAGUUUUUCUUCUGGAUCGGCUACUGCAACAGUUCGCUCAAUCCGGUCAUCUACACCGUCUUCAAUCAGGACUUCAGGCGCUCUUUCAAGCACAUCCUCUUUCGAAGGAGGAGAAGGGGCUUCAGACAGUGA